AUGAAACGGGAUUUUGAUGUCUUCCUACUUCCCGGUGACCUCUCCUACGCAGACACCCACCAGCCACUUUGGGACUCCUUUGGCCGCCUCUUAGAGACACUGGCUAGCACCCGCCCAUGGAUGGUCACGGAGGGAAACCACGAGAUCGAGUCUUUCCCGAUAGAAGAACACAUAAGCUUCAAGUCAUAUAAUGCGCGAUGGCUCAUGCCUCACGCUGAGAGCCUCUCUCGCUCCAAUCUUUACUAUUCUUUUGAUGUAGCCGGCGUUCACACGGUUAUGCUUGGUUCUUACACCCCCUUUGACUCCCACUCCGAUCAGUAUAAGUGGCUCCAUGCUGAUUUAAAAAAGGUUGACCGUAAAAAGACGCCGUGGUUGGUGGUGGUGAUGCACGCACCAUGGUACAGCACAAACAAGGCGCAUUAUGGUUCCGGAGAAAAAAUGAGAAAGGCCCUGGAGAGUUUGCUCUAUCGUGCUCAAGUAGAUAUCGUUUUUGCCGGCCACGUUCAUACCUACGAACGUUUCAAGCGGGUAUACAACAAGAAGGCCGACCCAUGUGGACCAAUGUACAUAACCAUCGGUGACGGAGGCAACCUAGAAGGUCUUGCUUUACGGUUCCAUAAGCCACAGUCACCUUUGUCGGCAUUCCGUGAAUCGAGUUUUGGACAUGGGAGAUUAAAAAUCAUAGACAAUAAACGAGCACAUUGGUCGUGGCAUAGAAACAACGACGAGAUGUCAGUUAUUGCCGAUGAAUUAUCUUUUGAAAGCCCUAGAGCAUCAUCCCAUUGUCGAUCGAAAUCGUUUUAG